AUGUCUGCCCUAGCCGCGCUGCAGCAGCAAACUACCAAGCUUUACCACGGCACCAGCUGGGAGAACGCGCAGAAAAUCUUGCGCGACGGGUUUGAGCCGUCGGAGCGCGGAUCACUGGGCAGAGGCGUCUAUCUCGCCGAACCGAGAAAGCUGAGCGCUACGCACGCAACGAGAACUGGCACGGCUCGUCGCGCGGCGCGGUGCUCGAGGUCACGGUACGCCUGCCCCCCAACAAGGUGAAGCACGUGGACCGCGACGACAAGAGCUGGGCCCGCGAGGGCUACGAGGCGUGUCGCGCCCAGCGCACGCGCGUGUCGCAUCAACCCGAAUACUGCGUCGCCGAUCCGAAGAAGGUUCGGGUCGCGAGCGUCGAGGAGGUGCCGACGGUCGCGCCGCGGGCUCUUCCGAAUUACGGCGCGGGCGCGCGCGCGAACGACCCUUCGUCGGACGGCGAAGCGGCGGCUGGUGCUGCCGCUCCGUCGGAUCCGGAGGAUGACGAGGUGCGGACGGGCGUGUUCCAUCCCGGCGUGACGUGCGACGCCACCGGCGGGCCGAUCUACGGCACGCGAUGGCACCUUGCAGGCGAGGACUACGACCUGUGCGACGCUGCAUACCGCCAGCUCGUGCCGGAAGACCGCGAACUUUUUGUUCGGGUCGAUGAACCGCACACGUUCGUAGACUGGGACUCAGAGGAAGACGAAUCUUCCGACGCACAAGGACACGCUGGCGCCGACACUGAUGAUGAUGAAGACCACUGGGACGACGGCGAUCGGGAUGCGCCCGACCAGCUUAGGAUUGGGUACGCUUCUCUGGUAGAUGAAGAAGACGGCGAUCGAGAAGAGCCGGAGUUCAGGAUCGGAUAUGCUUGUCUGGUAGAUGAAGGGGACGAUGAUGAAUCGCGUGGCACGGUCGAGAUAUAUCACGAAGACGGUACUGAAUCACAAGAUGGCGGCAGCGAUCGCGUGGAGGAUCAAUAUGACGACGCCAGCUCCGAGGGCGACGGUGGCGCGGAGGAUCACGACGACGCUGGCUCCGAGGGCGACGGUGGCGUGGAGGAUCACGACGACGCUGGCUCCGAGGGCGGCGGCUGGGACGGUGGCAACGAAAGCGAUUAUGGGGGAGGUUACGAGAGCGACGAUUGCGGCGGCGGCGGUUACGGCGGCGGUUACGACAGCGGCGACUACUAGGCUACGACAAGCGACUAAGAAACCUGUGA